GCCUCAGAUCCUUCCCAUUGGUGCACGGUCUUGCCAGUUACUGCUACACGCGGCAGGUUCUCCAAUCAAACACGCCCUGUCGGGCAGGCAGUCGUCCCAGCCAAUCCUGAAACACCUCCCUCCGGGUACUUCUGUUUCCUCUCUUUCAUUGGUCGCCUUGGAGGCCGCUCGCCUCCUGCGCGGGCACAGAGAGGGGCGGGGCUGAUAGAGCGUUGCUAAGCGACGGAGAUGUGCGCGGGGCCUGUUGGGUGAAGGAGCAGAGCGGCCGGAAGCGCGGAGGGAGCCGCGGGAUGGACCGCAGCCUGACAGUUUUCUCCAUUCAAGAUAGUCCCUUUGGAGAUGCGCCCCUGGGUCGAAGCCACUACUGGCCAUCCCAGAGCCAGACCUGGUGUCCCAAGACCCUGAGCCCAUCCAGGUCUCAGAGAUCCAGGCUCCCACAAGCUCCCAAGGCUCUAGCCACAGGUCCCAACUCCCCUGAGCUGUUUGAGGAGUCCUGGCCAUCCAGUUCAGGGACCCCUUCCCUGCCCAGCACCACUGAGGGACAGAUGGGGGCCUCCCCAGCACCCACCUUGAUUGACAGCGGGGACUCCGUGGUGGCCAAGUAUAUAAACAGGUUCCGCCAGGCUCAGCCCACCAGUCGAGAGGAGCGCCAGCCUGCAGGCCCAACCCCAGCUAACUUUUGGUGGCUGCGGUCUGACUCUCCAGACCCCAGCAGUCAAAGUGCAGCAGCAGGAGCCAACAAACCAGAAGGAAGACCCCAUACAGCUGUCCCUACUGCGGUCAACGUGACCAGUGCAUCCCAUGCUGUGGCUCCCCUUCAGGAAAUAAAGCAGAACCUCCACACAUGGAACUCAUCCCUGCUGGACCUGGAGACGCUGAGCCUACAGAGCAGAGCUGCCAGGCUGCUCAAACGCAGCAAAGCCUCCAUCUCCUCCUCCUCCUCCCUCAGCCCCAGCGAUGCCAGCACUUCCUCAUUCCCCACCAGCUCUGAUGGCCUCUCUCCCUUCUCGGAGACCUUCAUCCCUGACUCCAGCAAGGGCCUUGGCCCCAGGGCACCCGCAUCCCCGGCACCAGCCCGGGCCCAGACCCCCACCCCUGCUUCAGCCCCAGCCUCCUCCCAAGCACCCCUUCGGCCAGAGGAUGACAUUCUGUACCAGUGGCGGCAGCGGCGGAAGCUUGAACAGGCUCAGGGAAGCAAGGGUGACAGAGCUUGGGUGCCGCCUCUGACCCCUGCCCUCCGCACUCUGAUCUCUCUUAUCUGUCUACAGACCUCUCCUGCUCCAGUGGAGACCCUCAGUUCUCUGGGGACCCAGCCUAACCAUGUCCCACUGUGGAGCAGUGUGGCCCAGCCUAGUCCACCAGAGGCCUUCUAUGUGGAGAGGGCUCCUUUUCCCUCAGUGUCCUCUCCACACAUCUUCUGGGCCCCCAGCUCCCACGGGUUCUUCUGGGCCCCACAGUCUGGGCCUUGGGUAUCCCUUGGGGCUGUUCCUCCCACACAGCAGGCCUCCACCCUAGCACAUCUGGGCUCUACCCUCGCUUCCCCGGCUUCCCUGGCCUCCACCCUCGAACCCCCGGCCUCCACCCCAGCUCCCCUGGCCUCCACCCUUGCACCCCCAGCUUCCACCCCGGCUCCCCUGGCCUGUACCCCUGCACCUCCAGCCUCCAUCCUCGCAUCCCCAGCUGUCCCCCAGGGCCUGCCCAUCCCUGACCCAAGCAGCUGUGCCCAGCCUAAGAGCCUGGGGCCCAAGUCUCAGAGGAGCAGAGCCCCUCGCCCAGAGGCUGCCGAGCAAGUCCCUGCAGCUGGCCAGGGACCUGGCCCUCAGCUCAGGGGUGUCCUGGGCCAGGUAGUGGCAGCUCGGCUGUUCCCUGACAGCCUGGAGGACAUGCCUCCUCACUUCAAGGGCCCCCCUCCACCCAAGGCUGGAUCUCUGAAAGUCCAGGCCACACAACCCCAAACCAAGGUCACUCCCCCUCCAUCUGAAUCCCAGUGUCGGGCCAAGGCCGAGUCUCUGAAAGCCAAGGCCUUGCCGCCCGCAGCGGGGUCAGUGAUACGGAAGAGCGAAGCCACUCCUUCCCCUGGAGCCUGCCUGCAGCCCGAGGUCCCACUCUCUCCAGCUGAGCAGGCAUCCACAGUCAAGGCCUUGCCGCCCGCAGCGGGGUCAGUGAUACGGAAGAGCGAAGCCACUCCUUCCCCUGGAGCCUGCCUGCAGCCCGAGGUCCCACUCUCUCCAGCUGAGCAGGCAUCCACAGUCAAGGCCUUGCCGCCAGCCUUCCAGGUGGGGUCUCCGGAGGCCCUGGCCCCGCCCCCGUCCGCUGCUGACCACGCCCCCUCGGAGGCCCUGCUCGCCCAGGCCGCCCUGCUGCUGCAGGCUGCAGAAGACUCCGACGGCAGCGAGUUCCAGGACGAUCCCGUGCUGCAGGUGCUAAGAGCCCAUAGGGCAGAGCUGAGUCGGCAGAAAAGGGAAGCGGACGCCCGAUUAUCGUUCCUGUUGGACCAGGCUGAAGAGCUGGGAUCUUGGUCCCCUCCAGCUGGGUCGCCCCCUAGGUCCCCAAGGAGGCUGCUAAGAAGGGAAGGAGAUUCCCUGGAGGCCAGAAGACUUUGAAUUGUACAGAUUCUAUUUUACCCAGUGAGGCUCUUUUUUUUUUUUAAUACAGUUACUGGUUAUCUGUGAGAAAGGGGUUGUUUGGAAAGGCCAAGAGGUCAUGCCAAUUUAAGGAAAUGCCCCCCAUCCUCCGCUGCCCCGUGGCUCUGCCCUGCCCCCUACCCCUUCCUGACCACGGAAACAAGAUCUCCUUUCUGGUUAUAUCUUCCUUGGGGCAGAGGGAGUUUCAGACAAGACUUCUGGCAAGACUGGGACCCACCUUAUCUGGCUUCACUCAGGAGCCCUGGCUCAAAUGGACCAAAGGACUGCCCUCCAGGGAAGAAGCUACUAGGGUCAUCAGAGUGUUGGAUGAUGGUCAGGCCAUAGCCCACACAUGCUUGAGCAGCAGCAGCAUCUGGUGCAGCUGACCCCUCCCUCCUUGAAGCACUUUCUCUCCCUGCUUCCAGCCCUUCUCUCUGCACCUCUCUGGUCAGGCCUAGUCACUAGCCCAGCAUGUCAACUUUGGCAUGACCCAGGGCCAUGGCGUUGACAUCUGUAUCUGCACCCACCCGUAGGUGCUCUUGUCUAGCUUAAUGACUCUCAACCCCGUCUCUAUUCUGAAAUCCUCAAAUUUCUGUCUGUAACCUAGACCUGGCCACGAAACCUUGGGCUCCUACCUCAUCACCAUUUCUACCCAAGGAUUUAAAAGACAUCUCAAAUUCCAUAGGUCCUAAAUGGAGUUUCCAAUCUUUCCCCCUAAGCGUGCCUCUCCCCAGCUUGCUUGCUUGCUUUUUUUUUUUUUUUUUUGGAUGGAGUCUAGUUCUGUCACCCAGGCUGGAGUGCCAUAGUGUGAUCUCGGCUCACUGCAAGCUUCGCCUCCCGGGUUCACGCCAUUCUCCUGCCUCAGCCUCCCGAGUAGCUGGGACUACAGGUGCCCGCCACCACGGUCGGCUAAUUUUUUUUGUAUUUUUAGUAGAGACGGGGUUUCACGGUGUUAGCCAGGAUGGUCUUGGUCUCCUGACCUCGUGAUCCACCCGCCUCGGCCUCCCAAAGUGCUGGGAUUGCAGGCGUGAGCCACCCUGCUGGGCACCCCCUCCCCAACUUUCUUCAGCUCUGUCCUUUGCCGCUCAGACCAAAAACCUUAGAGUUGUCUUUGACUUCUGUCUUUCCCUUCCACCCACAGUUAACCAGGAAAUCCUGCCAUCUCCGCCUUUAUUUUAUUUUAUUUUUUGAGAUGGAGUUUCACUCUUGUUGCCCAGGCUGUAGUGCAAUGGCAUGAUCUCGGCUCACGGCAACCUCCACCUCCCAGGUUCAAGCGAUUCUCCUGCCUCAGCCUUCUGAGUAGCUGGGAUUACAGGCACCUGCCACCACGCCCAGCUAAUUUUCUUUGUUUGUUUGUUUGUUUUGAGACAGAGUCUUGCUCUGUCCCCCAGGCUGGAGGGCAGUGGCACGAUCUCGGCUCACUGCAACCUCUGCCUUGCAGGUUCAAGCUAUUCUUCUGCCUCAGCCUCCCUAGUAGCUGGGACUACAGGCGUGUGCCACCACGCCUGGCUAAUUUUUGUAUUUUUAGUAGAGACACGGGGUUUCACCAUAUUGGCCAGGCUGGUCUCAAACUCAUGACCUCGUGAUCCUCCUGCCUCAGCCUCCCAAAGCGCUGGGAUUACAGGCAUGAGCCAUCAUGCCUGGCAAUUUUUUGUAUUUUUAGUAGAGACGAGGUUUCACCAUGUUGGCCAGGCUGGUCUCAAACUCCUAACCUCAGGUGUCCCACCCACCUCAGCCUCCCAAAGUGCUAGGAUUACAGAUGUGAGCCACCGCACCUGGCCUCCACCUUUAAAAUCUAUCCAGAAUUCAACUGCUUCUCCCCUUCUACUGCUCACACCUCAGUCUAGGCUGUCAUCACCUCCUCUCUGGACUGUUGGAAAACUUAUGGUUUUUAUAAACCUGAUAUUCUUUGAUACACUUGCCAUCAAGAGGUAGAGUCUAUGUCCCUUCAUCUUGAAAUUGGGCCCCUCAACAAAUAAAAUGCAGAGGAAGUGAUGCAGCUUAACUUCUAAAGUUCAGUUAGAAAAGAUGAUUUCUCAGCUGGGCAUGGUGGCUCACGCCUGUAAUCCCAGCACUUUGGGAGACUCAGGUGGGCAGAUUACUUGAGGUCAGGGGUUCAAGACCAGCCUGGCCAACAUGGUGAAAUGUCUCUACUAAAAAUACAAAAAUUGGCCAGGCAUUGGUGGUGGGUGCCUGUAAUCCCAGCUUCUCAGGAGGCUGAGGCAGGAGAAUUGCUUGAACUCAGAAGGCAGAGGUUGCAGUGAAAAAAAAAAAAAGAUAAUUUCUCUCUCUCUCUCUCUCUCUGACACUUGCUUUAGAGGCUACAUUAAAAAAAAAAACUAGUUGCCAUGCUGGGGAGGGGUUU